AAAAAAAAAAAAAAAGAAGACCAAAGUAGAAGGGAGAACAUAAACAUGGAGAUGAUGGCUACGACAGCAGCAGCGGCUGAGUUUUGCACCUCUGUCAGUGUCGUGUCAGGUGCAGAAUAAAUGCAAUCAACGAAUCAAUCUGAAUAUGAAUAUGAAUGAAUGUUGCUACACUGAAGAAGGAAGGAAGGAAGGAGUGGAAGGGCGAUAAGGUGCUGUUUGUUUGGGCUUUGGAGGAGUGAGGAACAAAUUUGAGAAUGGAUGCGUAUGAAGCCACCAAGAUUGUUUUUGAAAGAAUCCAAAAUUUGGAUCCAAACAAUGCUUCCAAAAUCAUGGGGUUUCUUCUCAUCCAGGACCAUGGCGAGAAGGAGAUGAUCCGUUUGGCUUUCGGCUCUGACUCUGCACUUCAGGCAGUGAUUUUGAGGCUCAAGAAGGAGUUAGGUUUGCCGUCGCCAAACACGCCCUUAACGCCCACUCCCCCUUCUUCUAUUUCUUCCCCUUUUGCAAACCCUAACCGUCGCCGGAGUUCGUCUUCCUCUGCUCCCUCCAGGCUGAAUAUCCUCACUCAAUCCUCCAAUCCGGCGUCUUCCUGGACGAAUUCCGCCGGAGAUUCAACCGAUUUCCAGACGGCGGAGGAUUUGAUUAGCCCUGCCGCGUACAGCGGCGCGUCGCGCCACUCGCCGUUCUACGCGAAAGGCGAAAUCGAUUUGAUUGACGAGCUUCAGCUUCAAGAUCAGCUGGCGUUCCUCAACGAUGGAAACUCUCAAGUUGCAGGGAAAACUUCCGAUUUCAAUCUCUACCACCGCCACCAGGAUUUAGCGGCCAGUCCGACCGGAAACGACGCUAUGUUCUUCCCUCCUUACACCGCCGCCGGCGCCGGCGCCUCCCACCGCCGAAGCUGCUCGGUGAACGAGGAUGAUCUGAGCGUAGGAUUUGGAUGGAAGCCUUGCUUGUUCUACGCUAGAGGCUACUGCAAAAACGGAACCACCUGCCGCUUCCUCCACGGCGGCGGAGACCUCGGCGGCGACGGUGCUGUCUGUAACCCUAAUUUCUCUGCAACCAAAUGUGUGAAUCUUCUCCAGCAACUUCCGUCAGAAAGCCCUAGAUCUCUGAUGAUGGAUGGAAUCCAUAAAUUCAGUGAACUGGGGAUGAAUGGUAUGAACAGUCCAGGCUCUAGACAGAUAUACUUAACCUUUCCUGCUGACAGUUCUUUCAAGGAAGAAGAUGUGUCCCAUUAUUUCAGCAAUUUCGGUCCUGUUCAAGAUGUAAGGAUACCUUAUCAGCAGAAGAGGAUGUUCGGGUUCGUAACAUUUGAAUAUCCGGAGACUGUGAAGCUCAUUCUUGCAAAGGGCAAUCCUCACUUUGUUUGCGAAGCUCGUGUUCUCGUCAAGCCUUACAAAGAGAAAGGGAAAAUCCCCGACAAGCUUAGGAAACAGCAGCAGCAGAUGGAAAGGGGGGAAUUCGAAUUCUCCCGAUGUGGUAGCCCCACCGGAAUCGAAACUCGGGAUCUCUACGAUCUUCCAGUUGGUGCAGGAAUGUUGUACAAAACGUCGGAAAUGUUAUGGCGGAGAAAGUUAGAGGACGAGGUGGAUUUGCAGCAAGCCAUCGCGCUUCAAAACCGACGACUUAUGAAUCUACGCCUUAUCAACAUCAAACGAAACAGCCACCAACGUGCGCUUUCAACCGGUGCCGUUAUCUCAUCUCCAACGUCGUUUUCCCCGACCCUCAAUCGAAAUGUCGCUGCUUUCACCGCCCACGGCAGCUCCGAAGUUAAAGAGAACGUCUUGGCCGCAAAAGACGACGAUGUCUCCAUCGAGAAGGAAAACUACAGCAAGGAUGAAUCGAAAGGAAGCGAUUCACAUGAAAGGUUCGAGCACAACUUGCCGGACAGUCCCUUCGCCUCGCCAAAGGCACUCGGGAGCUACGACGCGGCCGCCUCCGCCUUCUUCUCCGGCAAUGUCACGGAGGCAGAAGGUGGCGGCGAUGUAGAAGAAGUCUCGACGCCGUCAUCUACUAACAAUAACUUCGGGCCGUCUUUAUUUCCCAUGACUCCGUCGUGUUUCUUCCAAGCGCCAAGGCUGGCGUCGGGACAUGAGACAGUUGGAAUGUAGGGAUCGGUGCGAGGCCGGUCUCGUUGGCUUUCCGGUGGCUCGGCCGCCGUCACGGCGGCGCUCACCACCCCUCCGCCACCAGUUGAGUACAAGAAAAGAAGGGUAAGUUAGGCAUCCUUCUUGUUGUAUAAGUUUAUUAUUACUUAUUAUUAUGUUUCUUUGUUUUAUAGUAAGAAAGAAAAAAAAAGGGAUAACGUCAAAAUAGUCAUUAUGUAUAGACACACACAAUGACACAAAAUAUAAGAGAUCAAAGAAGGAUGCAAAUCAACGGCUGUGGUUUUCCCUCUCCUUUGAUCCUCACCGUUGAUUGCUUCCCCACAGUGUAUAAUUCUAAUGUCUUACAUACACAUGCUUACAUAUAAAUAUAUAUAUAUAUAUAUAGAGAGAGAGAGAGAGAGAGAGAGGGUCAUUUGUAUUUGUAUAGGAGAUGAAGAUCGAAAUGAAGAAUUUUAAAUUUGUGAUUAUUA